AUGGCCUUCCUGAUUCUAACUUCAAUUUUGGUAUCCCUUGUAUCAUUUAUCAUCUAUGUUAUUCUGGCAAGAAAGGAACGAUUCAGACUUCGAGGAAAAAUUGGAUUAUCUGGACCAGAGCCUCAUUGGCUUAUGGGAAAUUUAAAACAAAUUAUUGAGCGAAAAGCAAAGCUAGGUUACGAUGAUUCUUAUGAUUGGUACAACAAGCUUCACAAACAAUUUGGCGAAACUUUUGGAAUCUACUUUGGCACCCAGCUCAACAUAAACAUUACCAAUGAGGAAGAUAUUAAAGAAGUUUUUAUCAAAAAUUUCUCGAAUUUUUCGGACAGAACUCCACCACCAAUUAUUGAAGAUAAUAAACUCAAAGAAUCGUUGCUCCAAAACACAUACGAAUCUGGAUGGAAGCAUACUCGAUCUGCAAUUGCUCCGAUUUUUUCAACGGGAAAAAUGAAGGCAAUGCAUGAGACAAUUCAUUCGAAAGUUGACCUGUUCCUGGAGAUUUUGAAGGAAAAAGCAAGCUCCGGACAGAAAUGGGAUAUUUAUGACGAUUUCCAAGGUCUAACCCUAGAUGUGAUUGGAAAAUGUGCAUUUGCAAUUGACAGUAAUUGCCAGAGAGAUAGAAAUGAUGUAUUCUAUGUGAACGCAAGAAAAUUUAUUACGAACAUAGAUAUUCGACAUAGUAAAAUUAUCAGCACUUCUUUCCUUUUCCCGGAACUAUCAAAACUAUGGAAGGUACUAUACAGGUUCACAGAUUUGGCAAAGGCUGAGAUUCCAUUAGUUGAGGGACUUGCAGAUGUUUACGAAAGACGCCGCGGAGGAGAAGGAUCCGACAGUGUAGAUCUAUUAAAACUACUGUUAAAUCGAGAAGAUGACAAAUCAAAACCAAUGACAAAACAAGAAGUAAUUGAAAAUUGUUUUGCAUUUCUAUUGGCUGGUUAUGAAACAACAAGUACUGCAAUGACAUAUUGUUCAUAUCUCUUAUCAAAAUAUCCAAAUGUUCAACAGAAAUUAUAUGAAGAAAUUAUGGAAGCAAAAGAGAAUGGGGGAUUGACUUAUGAUUCAAUACAUAAUAUGAAAUAUUUGGAUUAUGUUUAUAAAGAAACUCUGAGAUGUUAUCCACCGGUUAUUCACUUCUCCAACCGCCGUUGUCUCAAAGACAUUACGAUUCGUGGUCAAUUCUAUCCGAAGGGAGCAAUUGUAGUUUGUCUACCACACACUGUCCACCGUAAUCCAGAAAAUUGGGAUUCCCCCGAAGAAUUCCAUCCGGAAAGAUUUGAGAAUUGGGAAGAAAAGAGUAGCUCAUUGAAGUGGAUUCCAUUUGGUGUUGGACCAAGAUAUUGUGUUGGAAUGAGAUUUGCUGAAAUGGAAUUUAAAACCACAAUUGCCAAGUUACUGGAUACUUUUGAACUGAAACAAUUCGAAGGAGAAGCUGAUUUGAUUCCAGAUUGUAAUGGAGUAAUUAUGAGACCAAAGGAUCCUGUCAGAUUGCAUUUGAAACCGAGAAACUAAUCAUCAUAUAUUUUCCUUUGUACAUAUAUACCAAGAAGUGUAAAUAAAUUAUCAAAAUACA